AAAUUAAAAAAUUUGAAAAAAUUUACAAUAAUGAACCAAUUGAAGAGUCAGAAAUUAGUGAAUUGGAAGCUGAGAAAGAAAAAUUAAAUAGAAAAAAUGAAGAAGCAAAAAAUUAUAUUAUAAACAUACUUAAAAAAAAAUGUUAUCAACAGAAUAUGUUUCUUUUGGGAAUUAUUUCAACAUCAACCAGAAAUUCAAUAACCUCAACUAGUGAUUAUAUGACAAUGGCUUUUGUGUUUGAUGGUAUAGCAAUAUGCAAUAAUGCUUUUUUAAAAUUAUAUAAUUUAUCAUAUGAUAGAUUAACUGCUUUAAAGAAUCACUAUAAAAAUAAUGAUAUUGUACCAAAGGUACAUUUGAAUAGAGGAAGGAAUGUUUCUCAUAAGCUCUCUUUUGAAACAGUAUUAAAAGUGCUUACUUUUUUAAAAAGUUAUGCAAAUUUGAAUGGUUUGCCAUCACCAGGUCACCAUUUUGAAAGAGCUACAAAAGCAAUUAUUUAUUUACCUACAAGGGAUAACUACACAGAAAUACAUGAAAAUUUUUUAAAUGAUAUUGGAACUGGAUCAGAACAUCAUAUUAGUUAUUCAAGCUUUGUUUAA